AUGUUUAAUCAAAACUUGUUUGAUGUGUGUCGAACUCCAUCCUACGGCUGCAACAAUGGGGAAACAAUAGGAGAGUGUUACAACGACGUGCUCGGGCGAUUUGCUGUUGAAGUGAUUCUGCCUGGCAACCUUUGAAUUGCAGUCUUAAUGGAAUAGAAGAUGUUGGAAUUUCGUCACAACAGCCACAAC